GAAGAGUUAGUUCUUCCAUGUAAUUGCUCAGCUUUGUUACUCUCUGUAAUAAAGUAUUUUUGAAUUCACAAACUCUGGUAUCUGAGAAGUAUUUGAUUCAAUAUUUUCCACAACACUGUCCACUCCGCGGACCUGGAGUGGGCCCAUUCCUCCAGGCUUGCCUGCCACCCGGGCUCCAGUUGGACCCUGGCCUUUGUGUGACAAUGCUUUUGGUGGCCUACUAUGGUUCCAGAUGUCGCAGCGUUUGUCGCCGCUUGCACGGUCUGUGCUCAGAACAAGACUCCUCGGCAAGCUCGGGCUGGUCUUAUUUAACCACUGCCUGUCCCUCACCAUCCCUGGUCCCACAUAUCCCUGGAUUGUGUCACGGGUCUCCCCCCAUCUGAGGGCAACACUGCCAUCCUGACUGUGGUCGACCGGUUUUCCAAAGCCGCCCACUUCAUUCUUCUUCCCAAACUACCCUUGGCCAAGAAGAUGGCCCAGCUCAUGGUGCAGGACGUCUUCCGGAUCCCUGGACUGCCCACGUGGACAUGGUCUCCAACCGAGGUCCUCAGUUCUGGAAGGCCUUCUGCACCCUCAUUGGGUCAUCGGCCAGCCUGUCCUCUGGGUUCCACACCCAGUCCAACGGGCCUAUCGCCCUUGGAGUGUUCCCUGGGGUAUCAGCUCCCGCUCUUCCCCGAGUAGGAAGAAGAGGUCGGCAUACCUUCUGCCCAGAUGUUUUCCCGCCGCUGUCGUCAUACCUGGAGGAGAGCCUGGUCAGCCCUCCUCAAGACCACCUGCAGGUAUUCAUGACAAGCAGAUCGCCAUCGGACCCCGGCUCCCUGGUAUCAUCUCGGGCAGAAGGGACAUCCUGGACCCAGGCCUCAUUUCGGAUUUCCAACGCCGACACCCCGGUCAACCAGGUAUGCAACCAGGUAUGCGCCCUAGGGGGGGUACUGUCACACCCUGAUCUGUUUCACCUGUCUUUGUGAUUGUCUCCACCCCCCUCCAGGUGUCACCCAUCUUCCCCAUUAUCCCCUGUGUAUUUAUACCUGUGUACUUUGUUUGUCUGUUGCCAGUUCGUUUUGUUUCUACAAGCCUACCAUUGUUUUCCCCUCCGUUCCUGUCUCUUGAUUGUUCCUGUUUUCUAGUUUUCCCGGUGUUGACCUUAUCUGCCUGCCCUGACCCUGAGCCUGCCUGCCGUCCUGUACCUUUGCCCCCCCUAUCUGGAUUACUGACCUCUGCUGACCCUGAGCCUGCCUGCCUUCCUGUACCUUUGCCCAACCUUACUGGAUUACUGGUGAUGUAAAUGCACCUUCAAGAGCGAGGUAAUUGAUAUUACAGAACAAUGGUUUAGAAUCUGAAGGGUUGGCCCAAACAAUUUGGCUGGGAUUCAUUCUAGUGCUGUGAAAGCGUCUUGCCCGCUGCGCACUGAACUUCCUCCAAUGCACCUUUGAAAUUUCCCUGAUGGCACACAGGCUCUGCAUCAUUUCACAUGGGUACAUUUCUGUUUUCAAAUGUCAAGAAUCUAGGCUUACUGUACAGCAGCAUCUUGUACGCACUGCCAAUCUAGACUUAAAGGGGCAGUUUGGGAUUUUGCUUCAGCCCAGCGGCAACCCCGAUACUUAAACUGGAGGAUGGGACUGUAUACUGUAAGUGUAACAGAUUUCAAAUGUAGAGUAAUGGAUACAAGGGCUGACAGUCAAUGAGAGCAACAUGACAGCUUUUGCCAUAUUCUGAAGCUAUACAUUGUUUGUUUACGAAGACAUUGUUAAGCCGAUCAUAACCCCCCCAAAAUUUUUUUUUUACUCUGUUGUUUUUAAAUCAAAAAUCAAAUCAAACUUUGUCACAAAAAACAACAACAUUUUUACAAAAAAGCACACGUAGCCUACAUAUUAAUACAUACACACAAACAAUCUUGGUCAAAUAAGAGUUAGUGAGGACAAGGACACAGCAGGCAAGGUCAGAGUUUCUCAACCUAUUUGUGCCAGGGACCUGAACGCUAUCCCGCUGGGCACAAACUGGUUAUAUCAACAUUGUUUCCACAUCAGUUCAACAAACAUUUUAUGUGAUAAUGUUGAAUCUACAUAGAAAUCUGAUUGGAUUUGCAAAAAGUCAUCCACAUAAGGACUUUCAUUUAUUUUCUUUUGUUUUUUUCAUGCAACUUUUUACUUUUAGGCUACUACGCUGUGCCUUUGAGGGGAAAGGGUAGCCUGGUCCCAGAUCUGUUUGUGUUGUUUUGCCAACUAUGUUCAGAGGUAGUCAUAGAGAAUGAGUGGCAAAAUGUGGUUUAGGGGGUAUGACUUUGAAAUUCCACAGUAAAUUAAAGUAAUUUUACUAAUGAAUAUGCCUUAGAUAUACUUUAAUGAGAUUUGGACUAAUGGCUUACUUUAUCCACACCUUACCUCAUUAUUCCAAUAUAGCUUUUGUUUAGGAUCCACUGCUGGAUUCCUGCCAGCCUGCCACUGUGAAAUGAACGCUAUUGUACCAAUUAUAAAAUGGAUAACAAACAACCUUUGAAUAUAGCCUAGUGGGUAAGAGUGUUGGGCUAGUAACCGAAAAGGCUGCUGGUUUGAAUCCCCUAGCCAACUAGGUAAUAAAAAUGUUGGUUAAAAGUUGGGUGAAAAAAAUCUGAAGUUGCCUUACGUUGACACCUUUUUGCAAAUCCAAUCAGUUUCCCACAUUGUUUCAACGUCAUCAGAUUACAAUAUUUGGUUGAAAUUACAUGCGAACAACUUUAAUGCAAAAAGUUUUUGCCCAGUGGGAGGUGCUUUUAUAUGCUUCCCUUAUUAUGGACUGACCCACUGGAAAAUAUACAGGGUCGGGUUCACUAGGCACGAAACUGAAAAAAAACUGUUUGAAACUGGGAGGUAUUAUAUGAGCUGGUUUUGCUACAGUGUGCCCUAAUGAAUAUGACCCAGGUUUGCUUUAUCUUUUCUUUAGCUCAGUGUAGCCUAGCCUGAUGCAUUAGCCUUGCAGCGCCACAAUCCCAUUAGGGAACUUGAUAUACCAGUCUUCCAUCUACAAAUCUAGCUUGGCCGAGAGCCUCUUAGCUUCACCCGGGGAGACAUCCAGUCCAGGAAAAACAACAUUGAGACUGUUUAAGGAAUAAGGACAGACAUGGAGCUCAAUCUGGCCAUGGCCAUGUAAGUGCAUCUCAGUUCAAGGUGAAAAGGCCUACGUUACAGCUUUGACGUGGAUUACGACAUGUUGUGCAAUUUACAGUCAAAUCAAUGUCAAAAUGUUUUGUAUAGCAUAUGAGGUCCCUAGCUUGGGUAUCUAGCCUACCUGACUGUUUCAGCAUUCAGACACAUUACAUUGCCUUGACAGCAGCUAAUGGGGCUCCAUAAUAAAUACAAAUACCAAUUCCAGAAAACAACUUCAAAAUGUGUGUGUGACCACCGGAUAUAAAUGACUAUCAACAUUGUUGUUCUAUGGCUGGCCUAGGUUGUAUUCAUUAGGGCAUAAUGUAUUUGACGUAGUAAAGUGUUUUACAACAGAAAAUUAAAACAAGCCUUUCUUAUUGGACAAGUUCAGGCAGUCCCUCCCUGUUUCAAUCUGUUUUGUUCCCUUUGGUGCCCAAUGAAAAUGACCCAGGCUGGUUGUGAAAGGCCUGGCAUUCACUCACCUAAUUGACUUCUCUGUUAUGUUAAGAUGUUCUGUUCUGAGAAGAUUUGCGGGCAUCAAGCUGGGAACCCCUUUAAGGACAAUUGCUUUCGAUGUGAAAUGCUUACAUGGCAGUAAUGAAUGUCCUCUGGCAUAAUCCAUGGACCAUUGGUUAUGGACGAUUCCUUCAUAGUGAUUGGUUGAUCAGCAGCUCCAUGGUUCCACAGUGAAAGACUGUGAAGAAUUAACCACAGGAUGAGAAUCACAUACUGAGGGACUUUACCAGACAAAUUAGCUUGGUCUGAGGGGCUUUGUGUUUUCUAUUGAUUCAAUUGCUGUGCUGUCAUGACAGUCUUGACAGCUUAUAAAUAGAAUCAGUAGAAAGAAUGAGAUGGGGUGGUACAGCCUCAUUAAAUAGUAUUUUCAGUCUAUCAUGGGUACUAGAUUGAGUUUUAUUUGUUUUAAUGAAUUCCAUUUCAGAUUAAUUAAAGCAUUUGGGGAGUUGUAUGAUCAUUUGAAUUGAGGAGAGAGUGUCUAGGUCGGCAUUACCUUGAAUAAUGUUCAGGACAAGCUGACAUGAGGGUAUAUACAGGGACUAUAUGCUAGGGUACCAUAUGUUUUUAUCAAUUCACAACCCUUGGGGCCUGGGGAAACCUGUCUGACAUAAUUCCUGUUCUAAAGCUGCUCCAAGUCACCUGACUGGAACAUUAGUGAAGCCUCUGUGUCCAACCUCUUAUCAGUUCAAGUGCUUUCAUGAUCGAGUCCUUCCUAAUUACUGACACCAACUCGGGAGCCCCUCCUGUUUGAUAAUGACCUCUUUUAGUAGGCCUACUGCAGAGACUCAGCACCAAGGAGUUUCAGAACAGAGGACAGCGCUCCCCAACCACCUGCCUGCCAACAUGGGACAGACGCACCACACGGAGCAGAAUGACCCGGAGAUCGAUGUCAAGGCGCUCCAGGACAUGUACAAAAAGUUUGUGACGGAGUGCCCGAGCGGUGUUUUAUUUAUCCACGAGUUCAAGCGUUUUUUUGGCGUCGACCCAACUGGGGAAGUCUCUGAGUAUGCAGAGAGCAUGUUUCGAGCUUUUGACAAGAAUGGGGAUAACACCAUUGAUUUUCUGGAGUUUGUGGCAGCCUUGAAUCUGGUUUUCCGGGGGGACUUGGAGCACAAAUUACGCUGGUCAUUUAAAGUAUACGACAAGGACGGCAACGGCUAUGUAGAUAGGACAGAACUGCGAGCUAUUAUUGAUAGUAUAUAUCGAUUAAAGAAGACAUCCAAGAGAGAGCAGGAGGGUAUGCAGCUGUCGGUGAAUGAAGUGUGUGAAAGAAUACUGAAGACUGUGGAUGUGGACAAUGACGGUCACAUCACCCUGGAGGAGUUCAUCAAGGGGGCCCAGGGAGACCCAUGGAUCAUGAACAUGCUCCAACUGGACAUGAACCCUUAUGGCUGGGUGCUGGAACAGAGAAGGAAGAGCGCACACUUUUAAAAUGACUGGAAAGACAAAAGCAUCAUCAUUUAACAUUUUUCUUUCUUUUUUCCCCCUUUUCUUUCUUAAACUAAAUUAGGUUCCAAAUCAAUUGCACAUAAUAGGAAAAAACCCAUUGCAGAUUCAUUCAGAUUGUUUAAGCUAGUUUUAAUUAUAAGGACAGGAAUGGUUGUGUCGAUUACCUUCCAUAAAUUCCAUGAGAUGAACAGCUUGUUCAUUCUGAGUGAACCUGCAGUGCAGUUUUUCUUUAUCUGUAGGUGAUUUAAUUGGGGCCUUAAAACAAUGUCAGUUCCACUUUAACUACUUUGCAGAUAUGAAACAAACAGACAAUCAUAAUAUCAAUACAAAAUAUAAAAUUCCCAGAUCAUGCUACAAAACCAACUUAAUAAGAAGUUUUAAAAAUAGGUUCUAUUUCACUCAAAAUUCCAUGACAUACAGUAAGGCAUUGUUGGGAGAAUAGAUGGAUGCAGUUCAAUGCAUGAAUAA